CCCACAGGGAGGAACCACCGAGCCAGCUUCAGAAGAUGGAAAAGAGAGGAGGGACCGAAAUCAUAGUAGAAGAUGAUGAGAUGGAGGACGGAAGCAUCUUUGUGUGUUUCAUGUGUGAGAAGGAGUUCAACAAGGUUUCUCUUCUCAAUGAACACAUGCAGCUGCAUCAGAACAUGCCAGAGAUGCACAAGGAACUGCCGCGACGCAAUCGAGGCCGUGGAAGAGCAAGUGGAUCACGGGGUAGGGGCAGAGGCAGAGGACGCGGGAGAGGUCGGAGUAUGCAAGAUUUUGUGCAAAUCAAAGAAGAGCCACUUGAUUCUACAGUAUAUAUUAAAUCUGAACCUGUGGACAUGUUCUGUCCAUCUCCGGUUAAAAAAGCACAGCGUAUCAGACAAUAUUUUCAAAGUCGUGGCAAAGGUCGAGGGUGGUCCAAAAGAACUCUGCCAUCAGAAGAUGCAGAUGAUGAUUUAGAGGAUAUUGACAUUCAGCUCAUUGGAGAUGAGAUGAUGAUGGUGCCUCCUCCUUCCAAAAAAAGUGCUACAGGCCCUACCAUCAUGAAUUCUGAGCCAGAAGGCUUUAUUUGUCCAACCACAGCCAAUCAUACCACUACAACAAAAAAGAAUAUUCGAAUAAGGAAAAAACUUAUUGUGCAAGAAGUUGUGUACGAAGAAGUUCUGGAGGAUGAGGAAGAAAAUGGUGAAACUAACGGCUCCUGCUCUACCACUAAUAACAUGAUGGUCAACUGUGACAGAACUACUAAAAGGGAGAUAAUGGAAGAAGAAGAGGACUAUGAUAAGGAAGUAGCAGGAGAAAUGAUUGAGCUGUCUGAAGAGGAUGACGUGAUGGACUUUCCAGCAAACUUUAAAAAGAGCUCUGCUGUCAGGACCAAAAGACCUGGCAGACGUUCACAGCCCCGGUCGACUGAUGAUGAAAAUGGUAUACCAUGUGAAGAAUGUGGCAAAGAAUUCAGGUCCAUUACAACGCUGCGUGUACAUAUGAAAUCUCAUUUAGAAGUAAAAGAUAUUCCUUGUCCAUAUUGUGAUGAGACCUUCCCGCAGCGCCAUGUCCUACACCAGCAUCUAGUUAAUGACCAUGAGGAGUCAAGUAAUCUUACUUGUCCUGUCUGCCAGAAGGUGUUCACACGAACUGACUCCCUGAAGUCCCACAUGGUACGGAUGCACGAGGAAGAUGGUGGUCUCAAUUGUUACAUCUGUGGGAAGAACUUCCCAAGUCAAGGUCAACUUGAGAUGCAUGUCAGAGUCCACACUGGUGAAAGACCAUUUGUUUGUAAUUAUUGUGCCAAGGGCUUUGUACAGAAGGUACACCUGCGAACACAUCUUCGAACGAUGCACAACAUGCAGGAGAUUCAAAAUACACCAUGCCGAAUAUGUAACGCGAUGUUAGAUGGAAGGGCAGGCCUCAGGGAACAUUACACUACCAUACAUGGUCUUACAAAUAACCAGUACAAGUCAAGAGUUGCUAAAUUGAGAAAGGAGGGUAAAAUACCGGAACUACCUCCUCCUGUUGUGAAGGAGGUGGAUCCGUCUUUAAAUUAUUAUAAGGUUAAUGUAUCAGAGGUUAUGUCACAACCCACUGCUUCCACUUCAGUAACUACAACAAGGACAUUUACACGUAAAGGUGCAGGAAAACUUCGUGAUAUUCGUAAAGCAGUUUCAUCUGUAGCACGAAGUGUCAACAGCACCACGACCACAACACAGCCAACGUUUGAAACGAUGGGAGUUAAAGUGGAGGAAGAAGAAGACACGCCAAAGCGGAGGGACCAGGAAGAACUGAAUAUUGUGGAGUCUGCAUUUAAGGUUGCAGAGGAGAUGGAUCAAUUAGAAGGUAAUGUUUCUGGGAGCACCACCAUCCUUGUGGCUGGUGAAGACUCAGCCACGACGGGUGUGUAUUAUGCUAUCCCCGUAGUGAUGGAUAACUCUGCUACCACUACUGCUACAACUACUGCACAUACUUUCCUGACCACUACUCCAAUCUCAUCUCAGCAUCAACAGAUUACCUCUACUAACAUCGGCAACACCAUUACCACUAAUGGAACACCGAUGGUUACUACUGCCCGCAUUGUAUCUUCAGGUCUCCAAGAUGUUCAUUUGGGACAAGAGGAAUUAGAUGAUGAAUAUGCACAAUUUGCAGCUGAACAUUCACAUAUUGGAAGUGAGAGCUUUGGUGGAGAUAGCUUAGGUGGUAAAGGUUCAAUUGUUAAAGCAGAACCUUUGCAGCUGUUUACAGAUCCCAGUGAUCCCUCAGAAUCAGAGACGGUUGAGAUGUUUACUAUGUGAAUAUCCUGUUUAACAAAGGUGUUUUUGAUUCAUGGAACCUGUCAAAGUAUUUUAACUUGUCAUGUACUCGUCUGAUAAACAGGUUCAUCUGUCUGUCACUGACUUAUUAGUGUGUUAUUGCACUGGACAUGAAGCAGUGUUUUUAGCACUGAUACAUUGCCAUGAGAGGUUGUUCAAAAAAUAUUAAAAUAUUUUAGGUUAAAAUAUGCUAUGGUUUAGACAUUUUAUUGUUUACUUAAAGAAUUUGACCUUUUUUCCGAAAUAUAAAAAUAUUUUAGGUAAAAGUAUUCUAUGGUUUAGACAUUUUUAUUUUUAAUUUAAAGAAAUUUACCUUUUUUGCUUACCACCAAAGAUAUGUGCUGAGUUUUUGUUUACUUUUUGUGGUUUUAGUCAUUAUUAUUAGCAAUUCUGGUAAGCCCUCUUUGACCAUGCUUUCUGUUUUACUUUUUUUUUGUGAAUAUUUUGAAAGUUAUAACUAUUUAAAGAUAUGUAUGUAGAAUUUUGUUUCAUGAAUUCAUGGUGAAAUAUUUAUUAGAACAUUCCCACCAGAAGUUGUACAUUCAUUUCUUUGUAGCUGUAGUUGAAUGAAAGAUAUCAGUAUCUUCACGUGAUACUCAACAAGAAUAUUAAAAAAAAAGAUCUGUAAACUGAUCUUUUCAUAGCUUUUCUAAAGUUUACUUUCUGCAAGUUUUAAGUGAUACAGAAGCAUGACUCAAGAAUAUAAGUGAAUAAUUUUAUAUCUGAAAUAAACAUAAUAUAAUUGAUUAUGAAUGUAUGAUAUUUAAUUUUUAUGAGUAUAUGUAAACUGAGAAUCUUUGCUUAAGGUGGUUUAAUUUAUAAACUAGACUAUGAACUCCUUGAGGUACCUUAAAUGAAGACAUAAAGUUCAUUGGAAAGUUUGUUAAGUAGCUGCUGUGGGAUGGUCACUUUCCAUUUCUUACCAGAAGGCUUAAGCCUUUGAAAGUGGCAAGUACCCAAUAGAAGCUUUAGUUCUACUAGUUCAUGUGGUACAGUAAAGCCAAAUAUGAACCAAAAGAGAAUGCCCUUAUCCUCUACUACUCAUUUUAUGAUGUUCUGGGAUAAUUUUUUUCUCAUAUUUUAACCAAGUUCAGAAUAUCAUGGAUAUUAAAAUAAAAUAAUUUCAGAAA